CGCUCCACCCGCCAUUUUGAUUUCUACUUUCGCGUGCAUUGCGUCACGGCGUUAGACUACCAUAUAAGUGAAGUAAAUUAGUGAAAAUACGUUUUAAAGUGUAGUAAACACAACAUAUUUUAAAUCCUAGGAAAUCGUAUGCAAACCCAAGCCAUGAACCACUACGGUAAUCAAAGAGGUUUUGGAGGGCCGCCUCAGCCUCAGAGACAGGGCGGUCGCCGUGGAAACGGUAGAGGUGGAUUUAGAGGACCAACGCGUUUUGAUCAAAAUAACCAAAAUCAGAGGAAUCAAAAUCAGCCGCAAGGAGGUCAACGUCCCAAUAACGAGCCUAAGCCAGCUCCCCAAGCUGAAAAGCCCCAGCAGCAGCAGCAGACUCCACAACAGCAACAGCGUCCGCAGCAGCAGCAACAAACACAGCAGCAACGCCCGCAGCAACAACAACAGCCACAGCAGCCAAGGCCGCAGCAGACACCAGCCCAGCCGACACCAGCUGCCACACCGCAGAAGCAGGAUCCUCCGGCGGCAGCUCCACAGCAGCCCAAACCCAACACCACCCCCAACAAGCCUGCGGCACAGGACAGUGUUGAUAAUGUGAUUGUCAUUGAUGAUCAGCCGUCAAAGCCGGCCAACCAAAAUCAGCAGAAGAACAUGAAUGGAAACUUCGGUGGCAACAAGCAGGGUGGCUGGCAGGGCGGAAACAAGCAAGGUGGCAACUUCAACCAAGGCGGCAACUUCCAACAUGGACCGAACCAGGGCCCGGGCGGGAAAUUUGGUGGGAAUAAGAACUUCGGCCAGAACCAGGGCGGUCAAGGAGGACCUUUUGGACAGAACAAGGGAGGCCCUGGAGGCCCGGGUGGCCCAGGUGGCCCGGCCCGGAAUCAGCAGAGGCAAAGCCGAGGGCCCAUGCUGGAUAAUCAGGGAAAACCAGUACAGAGAGAGGAACAAAUGCUUGCCAAUAAGUUGAAGGAUCUGGUGGGACCACUGGUCGACUUGCCCCCCCUAGACCAGACUGAACUCAAAUUCAACGGCAGGAGCCGUCUGUACAUAGGCAACUUCACGUCAGACAUGACCGAAGAAGAAAUACUAGGCCUGUUCGCUCCUUACGGAGAAUCAGCAGAAUUGUUCCUUAACAAGGAGAAAAACUUUGGAUUUAUUAAAAUGGACUACAGAGUAAACGCAGAGAAAGCCAAACGCGAGUUGGACGGCAAGAUGCGUAACGGCCGAACAUUGCGAGUCAGAUUCGCGCCCCACAACAGCGCGGUCCGCGUCAAGAACCUGCCCCCGUUCGUGUCCAACGAGCUCCUGUACCGCGCCUUCGAGAUCUUCGGCAAGAUCGAGAGGGCCUACGUGAAGGUCGAUGAGCGCGGGAAGUCCAUUGGUGAAGGCGUGGUGGAGUACGCCAGGAAGCCCAGCGCUUUGGCCGCCAUUCGCAACUGCACUGAGCGAUGUUUCUUCUUGACAUCGUCGCUACGGCCAGUAAUUGUGGAAAGCUUCGAGGAGCCCGAUGAGUUUGAUGGUUACCCGGAGAAGAACCUGCCCAAGAAGCACCCUGAUUUCCUGCGCGCCCGUGAGUACGGGCCGCGCUUCUCCGAGGCCAACAGCUUCGAGCACGAGUACGGCACCAGGUGGAAGCAGCUGCACGAGCUGCACCGCCAGAAGGAGGAGGCGCUCAAGAAGGAGCUGGCCGCCGAGGAGGAGAAACUGGAGGCCCAGAUGGAGUAUGCCAAAUACGAGCACGAGACGGAGCUGCUGCGCGAGCAGCUGCGCCAGCGCGAGCAGGACCGCGAGCGGCAGAAGCGCUCGUGGGAGCUGGCCGAGCGCGCCGCCGACGAGCGCCGCGAGCAGGACCGCGCGCUGCUGCUGCGCCAGGAGGAGGACCUCACGCAGCGCAUGCGCCACCAGGACGACGAGCUGCGCCGCCGCCAGCAGGAGAACACGCUCUUCGUGCAGGCCCAGCGGCUCAACUCCAUGUUGGAUCGCCAGGAGCAAGGCAUGUUCGACCAACAGCAGCCUAUGGACGGAGGCUUCAGGGACGGAGGCUUCGACAUGCCCCCGCGCGGUUUCGAUGACAUGCCGCAGGGCCGCGGCUGGGACAACUCGCGCCAAAUGGAUGAUUUCCCUAACAAACGCCGACGAUUCUAAACACGCCGCUGCUGACAUUCGUUGCAACACUGUUGCGCCCGCUUGACACUUAUAUACGUCAUCUACGGUUAAAUUAAAUAUAAAGCGACAUCUCAAAAUAAUUCCAAUAUAAUCCGUAGCUUAGAACAUAGCUAAUUACUUUAAUAAUACCGGGAUAUGUUAAAUCCGCUAAGUAUAUUUAAUUUAAUCGCAGAUUUGUAGUACACAGACUUCUGUGUCAUUAAUUAAUCUCUAAUAACUUAGUAACUUGCGAUUUAGAGUUUUAAAUUGAAUGUAACUCGUAAGCGAAUUAUCGCGCGUUAGCAAUGCGAUAUAUUUUUUAUUUAGAAUGAAUGAAGCGUAUGAAUGGGAUACACGUAUUGUAGAAUAAGAUAGAUCGUACUUUAGAAGCAUCUUGUGUAUUAAAUAAUGGAAUACUUAGACGGUUUCCGUUGCUAAAAUGCGACAUUACAUUAAAAUAUUCAGUAUUUUUCAUGAUAAAUUAUAACUUGUACACAG